GAUGCUGUAUGCGGACUGGAGGCAACCACAAGAAAUACACGUGUGGGAGGAAGGUUGAAGCAGGAGCUUUACUAUCUGCGCAUCUUAUAGAAAGACAGUUGUGGUGACAUUGCUUGAAAACUUUAAGCAAACUGAGCGGCGCUAGCAUUCGUGAUAUUCAUUCACUAGUUUUCCUUCAUAUCGAAUCACAUUUCUUUUUAGGAAAUCCACGGUAGGCUACGCAUCUUAUCGCUGGUGCGUAAAGAUCUGUGCGUAAAACUAAAACUCUUCACUGCGGUGACAAAGCAAGUCAAGUGGGAUUCAUUCUACUUUAAAUCUUCAUUGUUGAAUAACUGAGUGUCACAAAGAGGAUUGAAUGGAGGUGGUUUGGUGAAAGCGACGCUUUCUCGGGACUUUAAAGUUUGGAUUAACGCUUUUAAAUCGUCCAUUUUUUCCCCCUAUCCUAUAAGUAGAAUGGAGCGUAGAUGCCGUACCUGUAUGGGACCCUGACAGUUUUGGAUCUCUUAAUUGCCACGGGUAUCACUUUCUAUGCGUAACAAGAGGGGGAUAAAACUGAGCUGAAAUCCCCUUCAGGAGCAACUUUAUUUCCGAGAGCUUCCAGCAGCGAAUCAGUGGAGUAUUCAUGAAGCAAUAUUUGAACUAUUACAAGAUGAGGCUGAGAACUUCGAGGUUAGGUUAUCUGUUACUUCAGUUCACGGCGCUUUGCUUUUACGCACAGAACACCGUGCAGUCCUCUCCGAAUUUCAAGCACCACGUUACCGAGCAGAGCCGGCUAUCGGACCGGAUGAGCCGCAGGCUGACCCGAACCUACCAGCUGUACAGUCGCACCAGCGGGAAACACGUCCAGGUCCUGGCCAACAAGAGGGUGAACGCCAACGGAGAAGACGGAGCGGCACACGCUAAACUGGAAGUGGAGACGGAUUCUUUUGGAAGUCGCAUUCGAAUUAAAGGGGUGAAGACAGGAUAUUACAUAUGUAUGAACAAGAAGGGGAAGUUGAUCGGCAAGCGGAAAGGGCGAGGCAAGGACUGCAUCUUCACCGAGAUUGUUCUGGAAAACAACUACACCGCACUCCAGAACGCCAAGUACGAGGGCUGGUACAUGGCUUUUACACGCAAGGGCCGCCCCAGGAAGGCCUCCAAGACCAAGCAACACCAGAGGGAGGCCCACUUCAUGAAGCGUCUACCCAGGGGGCACUUGCUGAGUGAGAAGAGACCGUUUGAUGUUCUUCCUCUCCCUGUCCCCGCGCACCCUUUCAACAAGCGGACUAAACAUUCCCACCACCAGCGCUCAGGGGGACGCUGAGGUCUGAAACCACUGAGGGAGAACCGUGGAUGAACCAGCACAGAAGAACCACUACAAGAGAAAACCAUGUGCUUCAUGCAAACUAACUUUUCCUGUCAAGUGCCAAUACACUUUUUGCCUCAUUUUUGGAUUCGAUAUAUAAUUUUUUGUUGUUUUUUUUGUACUGGCUUGUAUGUAAACAUUGACUAUCUAAUCUGUUAGAUUUUUUUUCCAAUUCAGACAAACUGUAGAACGCUUAUUUUCUUAUUAAAUCAGGAGGCAUUUAAAGUACAGGAGAGCUCAACAAUAAUUUCACGAAUGAAAACCCUUUGUUAGAAGUUAGUCAGCUCAGCAACAAAGAAUGUUUAAAUGAGUAUAAUGAAGCUAGACACGGCAGCUAUCUGUGGUUACAGCAUCUGACUUUCAGCUGACAUGCUAUCUUGCCUUUAUGAGGCCAUUUUGGAGACUAUGUAACCUGUUUUUUUUUUCUACAUAUAUAAAUAUAUUUUUACUGUAAAAAUGUAAAUUACAUCAAAUGAUGGAAAUAUUUAUUGUAGAGUGUAUAUUAAAACCACUAAAG